GAGAAGCCUAGCCUGACACAUGAGCACAUGCACAAGAUCAGCAGCCAUUUCCUUACAAGACCUCAACAAGUAAAUAAUGGCCUUGAGCAGUGACGAGUUUACACUCUUUAAUGAGACUGAAAGCCGUCAGGAUGACUUUCCACUGUCGGCACUCGAAUGCUAUUGUGCUGCUGCCAUUAUUCUUUUCUUCUGCAUCAGCCUGUCCGGAAACAGCUUCCUGUUGUGGGUCCUCCGAAAAGAACAAGCUUGGAAGAUCACUCCCGAUAUCUUACUUCUGCAACUUACAAUAGCUAACCUUUGCAUCACUGUGACCUUGCCAUUUGAGGCCUGUAAUUUACUCCAUAGCUGGAUCUUUGGAGAGUGGGCCUGUGGAUUCAUGACAGCAGUUUAUUAUCUAGGACUGUACGCCUCUAUUUUAAUCCUCACUGUCAUGUCGUUGCAUAAUUAUUUUUCUUUUGUUCAGGUUUCAUGUCUGUGUGCACAGGUCUCAAGAAAAUGUGGUGUCCUCAUUACUAGCAUCUUGGUAUGGCUGGUAUGUGCUGCUGCAAGCAUUAAGCAGUUCAUGUGUACCGAAGUCAUAUUUGAGGUUCAAGUGUGUCUGUUUGCAUGGACCCAAGCUGAAUUCUACACAGAGUUUUGCCUUUUUUUUCUCAUUCCUUUCCUUGUCACUACUGUCUGUCAUGUCCACAUGUGGAUAAUGAUGAAACAGGGCAAGAUAAACAGGCACCAACUGCCUUCAAAAGUGAUUUUCGGGGUAAUUUUUGGGACUUUUCUUUGUUUGACUCCUCUGCAUGUCUGGGACUCUGUAAUGUCACUUAUAAUCUGGGGUUUUUUGAAACAUACACAUGCAGUGAUGGAAGCAUUGCACUUUUCAUGGUUUAUCCUUUAUCCUCUGUCUCAGUUCUGCUGUUGCCUUAGUCCUCUGCUCCAUAUAAUUGGAGCACAAAGUUUUAGGAGGUAUCUCCCCAUGCUACGUAAUCCUUUAUCACAAAGCAGAGACGUUAGUAACGAUGGGAGUUCAGUUGCAUUCAUUACUCUAAAAACCACUGAAGAAAUGUGAAUUUGUGAUGCUUAGCACUAACUAUGCAUUAGAUUUUAGUUCAGAUAAGAUAUUACUAGAUCUCUAAUUAGAUUAGAUCAAAACAAACAACAAUUAAAUUGAAUGGCAGCUGUUUAUAACAAAGACUGACUUUUGUUAAUGUGAGGAUUGAGGAGGAUAUUAUGCAGUGGUUAGAGCUGACAAAUAUACCAAAGAGACUCAAACCGCCAAAAUUUACAAGGACAGGUUUCUUGUGACUCAUUCAGAUUGUAGGAUCAGAAGGAACUCAGACUGUUCUGGUGUCAGAGUGGGGUCAUACCAGUGACUGUAAAGGUUUAACUGAAAUAAGAAGUGUGAAACUUUCAUUUGACAUACUGAUAUGUAAUGUGCUGUGUUUCAUAAAGUUUUUUUAAUGUAGUCAUCUGUGUUGAUCUAAUCACUGAUCAAACUCUACUGUGAUCAAGUUUGUUUUUAUUUUAAUUAUUAUCUUUUGCAUAUUUACCUUUGCUUAUGUAUUGAGAAGAGAUAUUUUACUGUUAUUUUAUCACUGCAUUAGAAUCAUAUAAUAAGCAUUGCAUUAAAGCAUUUAUUGAAGCUAUUGACAUUACAUUAACGUUUGUAUUACAGUGAUUGUUAUAACCUCA